GUACCGUGCAAUUUGGCAAGAUGGAAAACACUUGAUGAAUGCGCCAGAGACGGGGUGAUUACUUUGUCGUAAAAUCCAGUAUCAUGCCAGACGUGUCGCUCUAUCCCGCCCAACGGACCGUUGUGGUGAUCCCGCCGGACCCUCCUGCAAUUCUAACCCAGCGACUCACCCUACGACCUCUGCGCAUCGGCAACGACGCAGACGCAGAGGGUUUAUUCGCGAUUCGCCGCCGACAAGAUGUCGCCGACUGGCUCUGGCCGCGCGUCCCCCACCACAGUGUCGAAGAGACCAAAGAAUGGAUGCGACGACGGCAAUUCCAAGCACCCGAUGCCUCUGGGGCCGUCGGACGACAGUUCACAUUCGUGAUUGUCCGGACCGAUGACCCCAGCGAGCAGAUCAUAGGCUCAAUCGGGAUCAACUCGCUGGACCCGGCGCCGUCUCUAGGCUAUGGCAUUCACCCAGAGUUCUGGGGACAGGGGUACGCCAGUGAAGCCGUGCGAGGGCUUGUCGACGCGUGGUGGAAACUGUCUCGCGUGGGUGGAAAUGGCGAGGCGGAGGGGGAAAGACUGUGGGCGGCGACCAAUAGGGCGAAUCGAGGAAGUGUCAGGGCCUUGGAGAAGGGGGACUUUCGGGUCUUUCGCGAGGUGCAGCUCGAAGGGGAUACAGUUGUCGUGAUGUAUGUUGAGAGGUGAACUGCCACAUGAUGUUGGGAGAAAUGAUAAUCGGGUCGAUCCUGCUUCUGAUACCCUGAGCGAUGUGUAUGUGCUGGAAAGUCGUGACAUUUACAUCCUUACCCUCUUGGAUCAUAUAGGGGCCAAAGACCAGUGGGAUAAAGUAGCUUCUGUAUGUGCUCCACAAAUGUGGCGUAUAUGCCUACGUGACAAAAAGGGAUUCACUUUUAGGUCAGUUGUAUACUAAUAUGGAG